CAAACUCAGACCUGUUUUCAGAGGACUCUCUACCACCCUGUGUGUGUGACAUAAAGCAAAUCGUCAUCCAGCAGCCGUCAACAUGCCUGAGACUGCAGAGUCCCACGCUGUCGCCCUCACCACCAACCGCAACUGUGUCAUAGAGAUCACCAAUGUCAGCGCUACCUUCUGUCUCGUCAACCCAAAGGUGUACAUGGAAAGCGGCUUCGUCUUUAGCCCCCCACAGCCCACUGUGCGCACCACCAAGACUGAGGUGUGCUCCUUCACCAAGGAUGACAACACAGCAUCGGGAGCUGUGGGCGUCCUGACCUACGAGCUGUUUGACAUGCGCAAUCGCCACUGCAACGAGCUGAUGGCCGUCAUGUUCUCGGUGCCGUUCGACUAUAACUUCUACAAGAACUGGCUCGGGGUGGGCAUCUUCGAGCACACGAGAGCGUGCGAUGAGAAGCUGUAUGACCACAUGUACAAGGGAAAGGAUUUCACCAACUUUGUGCGCCACGAGGCUGACGGCUCAGGGGUGAUGUACAAGGGAAGGAUGGUGGACGUAAGGGCCUGCAUGUCCGAUGAGGGCAGGUCAAUUAUUAAACUGGAGCUGUAUGACAAGAUGGGCAGAUGAGUCUCUUUGUGGUGCUGUGAAAAUAAAAGGUUGAGCAUCGAAUGAGUUCAUUGGUGUGGAGUAAAUUGUAAGAACACAGCCGAUGCACAUAUUUCUGAAAACCUACAUGCAACUUGUCUGUCAUUCAUGUCAUGUAACGGUGCUUUAAAUGAAUAAAAAACAAUA